CGCAUAGCGGCGCAUGAACAUCGUGUCACCUAUAAUACCUUUUAAGUACUCCCAUAACCUUGGAAGGACUCGGCCGUGUAGCAUAAAAGUCAAGGGCCGAAUAUCAGUAGCAAUCUUACUAGGGAUCUUGGAAAUGGUGGCACAGGUAGGCCAGAGGCGAGGUAAACGAGGGCGUUUCGGAUGGCUAAAAAAUUGGCGCGUCGGAAAAGAGACACCUUCUUGCUAUUGUUCCCAUCCUGACCUUGUAAAGAUGCAAAUAUUGAUUUUAUUCGUGUUAUAAUAUGUACAAGGCACAUCGGCCGGGGACGAUAAAUAGUUGCUCAAAGGUCGUCGUCGUCGCUAUCCUCAUAAUCAGGAAGAUCAUUGUCAUCAUCAUCGUCGCCGUCGUCGUCGGCUCAGAUGCCCUUCAGGCCGUCCUGCUUGUAGGCCUCCUCGAGUUCCUCCUCGUAGGACCUCUUGAUCUCCUCAUCCAAUUCCAUCGCAAACUGUUCCAGAUCCUCAUCCAGCUCAUCCUCGUCGUCCCUGAACUCCAUAAAUUCAUCCUCCUCCUCAAAGUCAACCAAGUCGUCGUCUUCGUCCUCGGUCCAGAACAUGGCACCUUCUUCAUCUUCCAGGGUUAUGUUGCUUUGAAUAGUAAGACGGUUGGCAUAGAACGCCAGAUCAAUGACUUCGUCGUAAUCGACGAGUGUGGAGGAGGACAAGUGGGCAGAUGGGACAAGAGAGGAUGAGGAAAGGGAGAGAAGAGAGAAGUUCUCACUUACAGUGGCCAAGGAUGUGGUUGCCAUAGUAGUAGACGGGGUUUCGGUGAAAAGAAAAGCAGGGCAGCAGAGUAUGGAGCUGUUGUGGCGAAACGUGAGAUGCAAGUGCUUGAAAGACCUUCUGCAGAAUGAGUGGGAAGGUGCAUUUGAAAGAAAAAGAAGGUUAGGAACAAUGUCCCCUGAGCAGCAGCAGUGCAGUGUUAUAGUGUCGAAAACUUCAUUAAUGGCUGCGGUAAAUUUAUCAGUCUCAUGCGGACACUGUAAAAUCGAGGCCAGCAAUGGCCAGGCUGGAUCAAAGGGGCCUUCUACAGUGCUACAAC